AUGGCCUUAUCAGCUAUGUCUCUUAAUGCAAACACCAACAAUGAACUACAGAACCAGCACUGGGCAGAUGCUCCUGUGGCCUGUACUCGCUCUCUCCUCCUCCUGAUCGCUGCGAUCAGGUGUCAGGAGCAGGCCCAACCCACCGACUGGAGGGCCACCCUGAAGACCAUCUGGAAUGGCGUUCACAAAAUCGACAAGCACCUGAACGCCACCUUGAACAUCCUAGGAGGCGAGGACAGGCUCUGCCAGUAUACGAGUGGUGACGGAUCUAAGCCUUUCCCACGUUAUGGUUAUAAACCCUCCCUGCUGAAGGGACGUGGCUCUCCAUUAUUUGGUGUUCACCUUAAUAUUGGCAUCCCUUCCCUGACAAAGUGCAACAACCACCGCAAGUGCUAUGAGACCUGUGGCAAAAGCAAGAAUGACUGCAAUGAGGAGUUCCAGUAUUGCAUCUCCAAGAUCUGCUGAGACGUGCAGAAAACACUGGGACUAGCGCAGCAUGUUCAGGCAUGUGAAACAACAGUGGAGCUCUUGUUUGACGUUAUACAUUUAGGCUGUAAGCCAUACCUGGAUAGCCAAAGAGCCGCCGGUAGGUGUUGCUGUGAAGAAAAAACUGAUCUUUAA